ACAUAACGGCGUGCACGGGAGAGAGGGAGAGAGAGAUCAGAGCGAGCUGCCUGCAACGAGGACAGCAUCGAUUGUUUACGCCGGGGCGUUCACAACAAAGACCAACCAGGAAGGCGAACACACGGGCAGCCGCCUUAAAACAUAAGUCUACAGUUCCUUUCUUAUCUUUCGAGUCCAGUCGUUUCUUAUCUUUCAAAUCAAUAAGCUCUUAAAGAAACAUGUCUGCAAACGGCAAUGGAGGAGUUGAUUGCCCAGACGCGAAGAAGUGCGGGGAACAAGACUUACAGGCGUCUUCGGUUACUCCGGGAUCCAUGGAUGUUGACUCGAAGCCGAACGUCCAAAGCUUCAGAUACAGUCUCAACUACCCCUGCAUUGGCCGCUGUAUCAUCAUCAACAACAAGAACUUCGACAGAAGAACUGGCAUGAAUCAACGUAAUGGUACAGACAUGGAUGCAGGCAAUGCAAUGCAGGUGUUUAAAAAGUUGGGCUACAAAGUAAAGGUGUACAAUGACCAGAGCAUUGACCAGAUCCAACAGGUUUUAAGUUCUGCGGCGGGUGACGACCACGGUGACUCUGCGUCCUUUAUCUGUGUCUUGUUGAGCCACGGCGACGACGGCGUGUUCUUCGGCACCGACGGCCCCCUGGAACUCAGGAGCCUCACCUCCCUCUUCCGGGGCGACCAGUGCAGGUCCCUGGUGGGGAAACCCAAACUUUUCUUCAUUCAGGCCUGCCGAGGCACAGAACUGGAUGGGGGGAUUGAAACGGACAGCGGACCGGAUUACGGCACAGCAAAGAUCCCUGUGGAGGCCGACUUCCUCUAUGCGUACUCCACAGCCCCAGGUUACUAUUCGUGGAGAAAUACUACAAGCGGCUCCUGGUUUAUACAGUCACUGUGUGAGAUGGUCGCAAAAUACGCAAAGGAGUUGGAGCUGCAACACAUCCUGACACGAGUGAACCACAAGGUGGCGGUAGAGUUCGUGUCUGCCACCAACGACCCGGGCUUUGAUGCUAAAAAACAAAUUCCCUGCAUUGUGUCGAUGCUGACCAAGGAGAUGUAUUUUACCCCCUGAUGUUGUUAUUAAGAAAAUAAUGUUCUAAACACAUUUCGUGUUUAUGUGAUGGUGAAAUGAUAUAGGAUACGUUUACUGCUUUUGAGGUUUUCUUGUACAUUUGACUGAAAUUAUGUUUGUAAAAGUAGGCGUUGUGCUCAAAACGGUGGUUGCUAUUUGGGAUGCAUAGGCCUAACGUUACCUGUUUCUACAUGUAUCUUCCCGAAGAACUCCUCAUAGCAAUCUACAAUGUUUUGGGAAUAUACUGCUGUGGCUGUUAAAUACUUUUCAUGCUAUUUUUGUCACACCUUUUCACUUUUCUACACAAAAAACAUGUACUCAUAUUUUUAUUUUGUUAGGCUACUUUGCUUUUAUUUGACAGUCAAAGCUAUUCGGAAGCCUGUUGGGAAGGCUACCGAAAUGUGAACAAUCAGCCAGACUUCGUUAAGAUACACCCUCGUCAAAAUGGCCCAUUGAAGCAGGCCUGGCUGUCUGAUCUUCUUCAUGCAUGCUCUCUAUAUAGUCAUCGUGUUGUAUUGUACUUCACCGCACAGAAUCAGCAGGAGUUUCCCUAAUAUUUCUGCGUAGCCAGCCAGUAGAUAAUCAUGUAGGCCUACGUUGGUUGCAAUGUACGAAGCCGAAUAUUUUCAGGGGACCAUGUGAUGUGUUUUUUGAUUGGUCCUUCCCUGGACAUGGUACUGACUUAUAAUCACUCUGCCUAUGGUGCUGUUUGCUCUUGACAUUCAGGGGUAAUGUCUGCAGCAAUAUGGUCCUCCACCUGUACGACUUUAUCUUGCAAUGCAUGUAUUGGGUUAUAGGUUGGUUGUACGCAAUGCAGAGUCAUAUUUACAUGUAAUAUCCGACUGUAUUGGUGUAUUUAUAAUUGCUCAGGUUUCUCAUGAUGCUUUAAUAUUUGUCCAAGCUUAGAAUAAAGUAAGACAA